UGAGUCUCCCUCUGCUCCCCAUCUUCUCCAUAUAUUCGACCACACCCUCUACACACACACACACACACACACACACACACAGCAUGUUGUGUGACAGUGUGUUUUGUCUGUGUGUAAUCCUAAACACUGAACGUUGGCAAAUGGCUCUGGCAUCGUAGCCUUCUCCGGUGUUCCUGGAAGUCACCGGGGGCGGCUGUUUUCUUUCCUUCAUCCCCCGGAACACACUUACUCUUGACUACUUAUUUCUGCAAAAGUCAGAGAACGGUGGCGGCAGGAAAGAGGAGGGACGCACGCGCCCCUCGCGAGCCGCAGCCGCGGACGCGCGCGCACCGCUGGAGGCAGUCGAGCUGCAGAGCGCGGCCCGUUUGGAGCAACUCCGGCUGCGUUUGGCGGCGGAGAGGUGAGGGACAGGAGCGAGCGCCGGGCGGGCAGGACAUGUGAGCCACGGACACACACCCGAUACACCCGGAGUGCGUCUGCGGCAGGGGCGGCUCGCGGCUCCGGAGGGACCCGACGCAGGUGCGUGAGGGCACAGCUGGAGACUCCAGCGGACAACUGUCCCAUCUCCGCGGCUCGGCGGCUCGGCGGCUCCCGGUGCCUGCUCCACCCCGCCUCGGACACGGUGUGGGGGGCGUCGCGCUGCAGCAGCGGCGGCGGCGGACAGGAGAGGGACGGACGAAGAGCCGCUCGGCGGUGCGCCAAACGUGACCGCCUCGCCGAGGGACCGCAGGGACAGGGACACACGCGGGACGACACCAUGUCGAAGGGGGCGAGAGGACGAGGCGCGGGGGACGCUCGCCGCGCGCACGGGCUCGUGCCGACAGGUUCAUCCCAAAAGCACGGUGCCCCUCACUGGUGUCUGCAGAAUAUCGCACAAGAAUCAGUUGACAGCUCCGAUGAGGAGUUCUUUGACGCCAGAGCAGAUGUUAUGGAGGGGAAGAGCGCCAUCCUGCUGGGUAUGAGUCAGUGGAACUCGAAUGACCUGGUGGAGCAGAUCGAAACACUGGGACACAUGGAGGACCAGUCACAUGGUCUCUACCAAAUGGGUGGUCCACGCUGUGCCCCUCAGAGCAGCAUUGAAGGACUGGAGGAUAUAGAGAGGAAAUGUAAGACCCACGUGCUGCUGCUUGUGGUGCAUGGGGGAAACAUCCUGGACACAGCAGGCGGAGACCCCAGCACAAAGAAUGGCGAUGUGGCCACUCUGGCCUCAGUGCUGGAGAAGGUGACACGGGUGCAUUUCCAGGCCGCUGCAGAACACGUGAUGAUCAAGCUUGUGCCAUGUCCGGCCGUGUGCGCUGAAGCCUUCUCCAUGGUGUCCAAUCUGAACCCAUACAGCUAUGAUGAGAGCUGUGUGUCCAGCAGCGUGGACCACCUCCCGCUGGCUGCCCUCCCCCUCCUCGCUAUCGUCUCGCCACGCUACCAGGACGCCGUGGCGACCGUCAUCGCCCGAGCCAACCAGGUCUACCACAGCUUCCUGCAGUCAGAGGACGGCCAGGGAUUCACGGGUCAGGUAUGCCUGAUGGGCGACUGUGUGGGAGGAGUGCUGUGCUUUGACGCGUUGUGCUUCAGCAACCACCAGAGGCCUGGCAGCCCCAACAACAGCAGCCGGAACAACAGCACUGAGAGCCUGAAGGACAACUCGGGCCUACUCGGGGAGUCCAGCCUGGGUCUGAGUUCAAGCAAGAGGCUUAGCAAGAGCAACAUCGAUAUCUCUGCACCCAACGAAGGGCACGGUCAGGGUGGGCCGCCACUCAGCCGGAAGCAGAGCGACUCGUAUGAUGGAGAUACCACGUCCACCAGCCAGCACAGCUUUUUUUCCAGUCUCAUGAAAGAAGGCGUAGAGCUGCGUGGGAGCAGUAGCACUAAUCUGGUGCUGAACCCGGGCCAAUUUGACUUUGAGGUGUCGGACUGCUUCCUGCUUGGCUGUCCGCUGGGCCUAGUUCUGGCCAUGAGACGCACCGUGCUACCUGCAGUCCAGGUGAGUCAACUCCAUCCAGCCUGCACUCAAUUGUUCAACCUGUUCUACCCCUCGGACCCUUCGGCCUCCAGACUGGAGCCACUGCUGCAGCCUCUCUUCCAUAAGUUGCCACCAUUCGCUGUGCCGCGCUACCAGCGCUACCCUCUAGGCGAUGGACGCUCAAUGCUCAUAGUGGAAAGUAUCCAAGGCCAUCCAGACGUCUUCUUAGAAGGUGAGCAAACCCAAGGGGGUCCCGUUUCACAGCUGCCCUCUGAGACGAACACUGAGGGAGGAGGAGGAGCAGGAGGAGGAGGAGAGGGAGGUCGCAGAGCCAGUGUGACCAGUUUGGAAAGUGAAACGUCAAUCUGCUCCAUGGGCCAGCUGGGAAACACCAUCGCUAACAUUUCCAGUAGGUGGUGGGGCUCCAAAAGGCUGGACUACGCUCUGUACUGCCCCGAUGUGCUCACUGCCUUCCCAACUGUAGCUCUGCCUCACCUUUUUCAUGCCUCCUACUGGGAGUCCACUGACGUGGCAGCUUUUGUUCUUCGGCAGCUCAUGCGAUUCGACUGUGUGAAGUCCCAGGAAGCGGAUCGUUCAGACUCGGCUCCUUUCUCUCCCUCCAGCCCACGAGAAAAAUGGCUCAGACGGAGGACGCAUGUCAAACUGAGGAACGUCACAGCAAACCAUCGGGUGAACGACGUCAUCGCCACCGAGGACGGACCUCAGACUCUGGUUGGGCGCUUCAUGUACGGACCAUUGGACAUGGUCACUCUGACGGGGGAAAAGGUGGACAUCCUGCUGAUGACACAACCUCAGUCUGGCCGCUGGGUGCACUUUGACACAGAGGUGGCCAAUAGCAGCGGCAGGGUCACAUAUACCAUACCCAAGAGCAAGAAACUCGGACUGGGAGUCUAUCCGAUUAAAAUGCUGGUCAAGGGGGAUCAAACAAGUGCAGAGGCCUACCUGACUGUGUUGCCAAGGGGCAUGGAGUGUGUGGUCUUCAGCAUUGAUGGCUCUUUUGCUGCCAGUGUGUCAAUAAUGGGCAGUGACCCCAAGGUCCGCCCUGGAGCUGUCGACGUUGUCAGGCACUGGCAGGACCUGGGAUAUCUGAUCAUAUACAUCACAGGCCGCCCUGAUAUGCAGAAACAGCGUGUGGUAUCUUGGCUCUCGCAGCACAAUUUUCCCCAUGGGAUGAUCUUCUUUUCUGAAGGCCUGGUUCACGAUCCCCUGCGACAAAAGACCAUCUUCCUCAGGAACCUCAUACAGGAGUGUCAUAUUAAGAUCAACUCUGCUUAUGGCUCCAUGAAGGACAUCUCUGUUUACAACAUGCUUGGCCUCAGCCCCUCACAGAUCUAUAUUGUUGGCAGACCUUCGAAGAAGUAUCAAAAUCAGUGCCAGUUCCUGAGUGAGGGCUAUGCAGCCCACCUCUCCACCCUCCAAUUUGGCCACAGAGCCAGACCCAAGAAAUCCUCCUCAGUUCGUAUGGUCCUGAGGAAAGGAUCAUUUGGUCUCUCGGCAAAGCCUGACUUCCUGUGUAAGCGCACCCACCUGCGCAGGACCAUGUCGGUGCAACAGCCAGACCCGCCUUGCACACCCAACCCCAAGCCUGAGCGAGCCCAGAGCCAGCCGGAGUCUGAUAAAGACCACGGGGUAGGAGGAGGAGUAGGAGGCGGACAAGGUGUAUGGGGACGGGCCUCCAUACAUCGUGGUGACACGACUCCCUGAUGUCAAAGAAAGAUUGCAGGAGGCAAGAAGAAGAAGAGAACAAAGAGGUGUUAGUGUCCUUGGCCAAGUGUCACCUCUCCUAUACUUGUUCACUGGAUGCUCUGCUGGGAUCCCUCGCAGCUCAGCUUUACCUCCUGCUUGGCCCACUAAACUUUGCCUCCUGUUUCGCCUCCUUCCCCCCGACCUGCUCGUGGACAAUGUCGCUUAGUCUUUGUGCCUGAAAUUUUAAGAAGAUUGCCGGGGACGGCAAUGAUUGUUUGCGAAUGUCUGUGUCUAACUGUAAAAUCAGAAGCGUAUACUCACGAUCCAAAAUAUCCUCGCAGGAAUGAAAGAUGUGACACACUCUGGUGACACUCAAAGACUUUGCCCCAGUUCAGCAGCAGGUUACAAGACGCUGCUGCACCACCACCACCACCGCACUCUGAUCGCAUUCAGACUGCUGUGCUGACAGGUGGUCAUGUUGACUGACUCCUGCACUGAUGUAAAUACUCGACACGCAUCAUCCCCCUGUGGGCCUCUGGACAGAGAAGCACUGUGACACUGUUUAGGUUCAAUUUGUACAUGAGCUCUGCGAUCUGUCGCCCAAAUCCGCCGAGCGCCCUUCCUCCAUUUCACUCCCACUGUUAAAUGUUUACCUCACAUUGAGCCCAAUACUCCAGUACCCCCCCACUCCCCUCAUGCUUCUCAACCAUUCAGGCAGAACAUGCCUUUUCGACAACCACUGAAGCGCCGUGGUGUGCAUGACUCGGCCCCUGAGGUCACAUUUGCACUAUCAAAGUACACCUCGGUUGUUUAACUGCGGUACUGGCAUCAGAAACCAAGAGUUGUAUUUCUAUUUUGUUGCUGUUUUUCCCUGCAGAUUGUGCGCUGUCGCUCUCUGUUGGUUGCUGUGAUUACUGGAGGUUUAAACGUUAGUGACAUUGUUGAUUUGACCAAAAAAUGCUUACAGAUUGAUGGACGCAGCUGUAAAAAAGUGAUCUGUAAUUCACCUGCAUAACUGUAAUGUAUCUACGUGAUUGUUCUCGGUAGCUCGGUAGCUGCAGUAACCUGCAGGAUAUUGUACAAUUGACCCCAUGCCAGUUGUAUCUCUACCAGAAUGCCAUUACAGUAAUUUAUGACAGCCGCCCUAUAGAUUUGUGAUGAAAUCUGAUGCUGUCUUGUGCACUCAAGGAUGAGAAGAAUCUUAGUGUGGAGAUGUUUAAAACCCUGUGCAAGUCAAACAUAUUUUUCUAUGAGGAAAUAUUGUAAAUAGAAAUAUUUUCAAUGUAUGUUUUUGAACAUUGUUUUUGCGGUGUCACUUGUUGAAUGGUUGAUUUUUGCCUUAAAUUGUAUUUAAUGUUGUGUACACAAAAUAAUUGUAUUUGUGUUAACCAAAGUUAUUUCGUUUCACUGUUUCAUCAUGACAAAGUGUGUGUGUGUGUGUGUGUGUGUGUGUGUGUGUGUGUGUGUGUGUGUGUGUGUGUGUGUGUGUGUGUGUGUGUGUGUGUGUGUGUGUGUGUGUGUGUGUGUGUGUGUGUGUGUGUGUGUGUGCGUGCGUGCGUGCGUGCGUGCGUGCGUGCGUGCGUGCGUGCGUGCGUGCGUGCGUGCGUGCGUGCGUGCGUGCGUGCGUGCGUGCGUGCGUGUGCGCGGGCGUGUGUGCAUGAAGUGCAUUUAGGUAUUUGUUGUGGCGUUGUAUAACUGUGACAACAAAGACAGUGUUGACAAGUAAAGGCCUCAGUGGACACAACACGUACUCACUGCCGCUCACUACCGUUGGUGUGUCAGAGCUGAGCGUGCGUUUUCAUAGGUACGGAUUGAAGCAAUGUGUCGGAGGUUUACUUGGUAAAGGUUUUUAUACCUGCUAUGGAAGAGAGGGGCUUAUGAGUUCUGUGUGUCUUGGCACAGCAGGGUGGAACAUGCAAGCCAGGAGGGAGCUGUCUUUGACCCUUUUUCUUUAUGUCCUCCUGAACAUAAUACAGUAGGUGGUCCAGUUAUGAGCUAUUUGAUUACUUCCUAGGAUGUAGGACUCCCUGUUGUGCCGCCCCUGUAAUUGUAGUGCACCAACUAGCAUUACUUGGUAAUUGUAUGAUAUUGUAGAAACUAUGAAAUACUUAACUCAAUGGUUAACUUGAUUUUGCAUCUGAAUCUUUUAAUGCAGAAACAUCCGAGCAACAAAAGGAUUAUUCCCAUUAAUGUACACACAACAAACAAAGUGACCCUGUCCAUGUAUACAGACGUGUAUAACACGUUGUGGGCAGCAUUUCAGUGCACCAAUGUUAGUAAAUGGCAAAUAAUGAUCUAAUGGUUAACUGGUGAUUGUUUUGUGCAUGUUAAUUAUUUGAUAUUGUCAAGUGAUGACUAUCAACUCUCAUGUCUGUGGUACUCUUUACGAAAAAGAGUAGUUAUUUGUUAGAAAGUAAGUGGUGAAUAAUUAUUCAUGGACAUACACUGACCAGAAAAAGAAAAUAAAUUAUUAGAUUUAUUAUGAAUAACUGACAACCUUUUAUUUUCAACAGGAAAAAUACUAACUGUAAAUGAGGCAAAGUACUGGUGAUAAAGACUAGAGUUACCUCUUGCUUUGGACUCAUUUAGGUGGGAUUAAAGGGAACUGAUUUAGUCAGAUGACAAAUGAGGGGACAAACCGACAAAGUGUACUGGUAGUGUGUUGGGCCACCACAAGGCAAUAGAACAGCUUCAGUGCAGCCUGGCAUUGAUUCCUGAGACUCUACUUGUCAUGGAUCACUUCUACUGUUCCAAAAGAUAUCCCCUUAUUUGUUUGAAUUAAAGAUGGCGGUGAAGAUCGCUGUCUGACGCGUCAGUCCAAAAUCUCCCAUAGGUGUUCAGUUGGGUUGAGGUGACUGUGAAGGCCGUAGUAUAUGAUUCACAUCAUUUUCAUACUCAUUCAGUGAUCCCUGAUGCCCUACGAAUGGGGGCAUUGUCAUCCUGGAAGCGACUGCUCGGUGUUUCGUUGAAGGAUGAAGGUGAUCACUCGGAACCAGAGGCACCAGACCCCCUCACUGUAGAGGUCAAGCAUCCAGGCCUGUACCCUUCUGUUGGUGUACACCACACAUACACUUACCAGCUUGUCAAAAUUAUGGUGACUCAUCUGACCAUAACACUUUUUUCCACGUCUCAGUGUGUAUGGUUUAUGCACUAUUGAACGAUCAAAUGUGCAUUCAUCUUUGUAAUUUGUUUAGUUUUUGUCACUGUAACCCUACUAUAAUAUCUAUCUUCUCAACGUGCUGUCCUUGCUGACACAGUCUGAUCCCGUUCUGCAUUGGCGGUCUUAGUCACCUGAGGAAGAAUUGCUCCUCUGUUUUUCCUUACAAGCAUCAAAUGGGUGCUGUCGACCACAAUCGCUGAGCCUAUUUACUGACGUCUGUCCCAUACUUUUUAAAUGCAAAUGUCACUUUAGUCUCUGUUACUAUCGAAACCCUGGCCUGUUAAUCGUCUGUGUCCCAACAAUGAUCCAUCUCACCAAGUCACUAAGAACUUAUCUUAAUGCCAACUUCUGUCUGUCUUUUUCUGUUCAAGGGUUUUGAUUUUCCACUUGGUUUUCUUGUUUACUUCAAUCUUUCUAACCCUCCCUCUGUGUGGUGUGUAUAGUUCCUGAGUGAGGGCAAACUCUCCAUUUGUUAUGUUUCUCCGUUCAUUUAUUUAGUUUUUUCCUUUAAUUUGUCACCCGUCUUUAAAUCAUUUGAACUCUAUUUUCAUUUUAUUCUUAGAUCAUUUAAGUAAAUAAUGCUGAUUAAUAAAAGAACAAUAUUACAUACCUAUGAUGUAAAAAGUAUUUUAUGAAAAGAUGUAUUACACAAUUAUUGUCUUCAAAUAAAUAACAAAUCUAACUAAGUACUAAUUAAUGUUGUCAAAUGAUAAGUGUCACCAAAUCAUGUCUUAACUAUUGGGUGUUGACCUUAUUGGCCAUUUAUUAACAAGUCGUAUGACUUAAAAAGUAAGCUUUUGUAAGUUAACCAACAUUAUGUGAAUGCCCCCCGAAAAGCUGUUGGCGUCACUGCUGCAAAGUUUAUUGUUUUGUACACAUCUCCCGUGAUGAUGAUGUUAUUGUGUUUAUUGAACUCAGUUUCAUUGUUGCAUAAAUAAAGAUAUAACCCAGUGGAAUAAUGUA